UCCUUCGAGGAGUAAUAAGCAUUUUGUCCUUCCAACCCACCUAUAGGCCUAAGUCUUCCAAGAAUGAGUAUCUGAGAUUCCUGGAAUACAGUGAUUACGUCAAGGGGCUGCUAUUCUUUGUCUCUUAUAUUUUCAUCUUGUAAUCAAAGUUAGAUAAAUACUAGAGGUUGAACAACAGGCUUGACUCUUUACACAUACGUAUUUUUAUCAAACAUACCCCUUACUCGGUUUCUCAGUUUAGUUUCCGCAGUUCCCCAAAUUGGAGCACACACUGAAAGGGGGCAAUUCAUAUCUGACACACUAUUUGGCAUUGAAACUGAAGUUCAAAACGUACGCAGCAUCAGCGUAAAACAGCGUGGAGCUAUAUGCUGGAUCAAACCCUUCUCUAACAUACCUUUGCAAACAGGCCACUGGGUUCCCUUUAUUCUUUUCUUCUUUAAAAGAAACGUUGGCUUACUGUCUGUAAAUGAACCACCUUACCGAGACUAUGCGCGUCGCAGCAAGCUCCUGAAAGCCAUGGGCAAGCCGUGUGAAUUUGUGACGAUCCAGCAAGUUCACCGGCGCUACCCCGGGUUCCGCUUCGGCUCGGAAGCAAAGGCCUUCAUAGAUCCUAACGGUGGAGUGUUAAGAGCUGACCGAUGCCUCGAAGCUUUACAGAGAAUGUUUGUGAAACAAGGAGGAAUAAUUAAAGAAAACGAAGAGGUUUUGCAAAUCGUCCCUGGCGAACAUGUGUCCAUCAUAACCAGCAGAGGGCGGUACACAGCUGAGAGUGUGGUCCUAACCCCGGGAGCCUGGGCCAAGAAGAUACUCAAACCUUUAGGAAUUGACCCUCCCUUGAAGGUAUCUCAAAUUAAGGUGUGUUACUGGCCAGAGAAACAGCCUGGUAUGUUCUCCGACCGUCCAUGCUUCUACUAUCUCUCUGAGAAAUACGAGACAUACGGGUUGCCCAGUGAAGAAUACCCUGGAUUAUUCAAGGUGUGCAAUCAUCAUGGUGACGAACUGCAAGAUCCGGCUACUCGCAACCAGACACAACACUCGCACAACCUGGAAACACUAAAACGAUUCAUUAAGGAACACGUGCCAGGUCUAAAUCCAGAACCUGCUAUCGUUGAAAACUGCCUAUAUACUCAUACACCCGACGAAGAAUUUAUAUUAGACAGACACCCUGAUCACCCUAACAUCGUGAUUGGAUGCGGAUUUUCCGGGCAUGGCUUCAAGUUAGCGCCAGCAGCGGGAAGAAUCCUUAGCGAGUUAGCCACAGGAGCAACGCCCAGUUACAACCUUGCACCCAUGAGUUUGAAACGGUUCCCCAACAACGGCAGAUUUGCUGCUCACCUCUAGCUAGCUAUUUAUUCUUGGAGUGCCGUGGCCUCGUGGUCAGGAACCACCAAUCUUAUGAUAUACGGUGUGAAUGCUACAUGCAGUGCGGCAGAGUCCAGCUUGUGUCCUUGGGUAAGACACUUUGUCUGCAGUCCCCAAAAGGAAAAUAAUAUUCGGUCAAGUAAUAGUAAACUUAAAUGUAACUUAGUGUGUGAACUUUAAAUGCAGUAGCUGUCAAACCAUAUUUUGCUAAUUGCAUGUAACACAUGAAACGUUUGCCUCUUAUUUCAUUAAUUUGAAUCUCUUAAUUAAAUUGAACCGUCUUUGGCCCAUCGUUCAUUAUGUUAACCUAACUUCGGGUUGGGUAGGUCAUUUGCUGCUCGAAAUUGGAUAAUUUAGUGUAAUACUGUCGUUUAUGCAAAAAUAUUGACACAAUUUUCGGAUUUUUUAGUGCUUUAGUCAUAAUAUUUGACAGGUCAAGCUACAAAUGUGGCGUUAUAGAGGGCUUCUUUUUCAUGGAGGUUUCAUUUUUUAUUGUGGCAUUCCUUUUAAGAGAUUUUUAUAUGAUCAAAUGUAGAACAAAAUGGAAAAAAGUCAUGCUGUUCAAGUUUUAUUUCGAUAAUUCCGGUAUCGAAGUUUAAUAACACUGUCAUUUAUUUCUCGAAAUAGCGGCAAGUGCCAUUAAAUUAUAAAAUUUCACUUCGAAAGGAUUAAACUGAUUUUAAAAUCCUUUUCAACUUUGACUUGUAAUUGUAAUUCGUGAUGUUAUUAUGGCGUCAUUGUACGAUGGAAUGCGGGUGGACCUAGCCCAUUGAUAUAAAAAAUACUUGAAUUUAUAUAUAACUUUAUGCUU